AUGUAUGGCUGUGUGCGUCUACCUCUGUACCUCUGUCCCUCUGUACUUCUGCAUCAACCUCUGCCUCUGCCGACUCGAAUCGACUCGACUCGACUCGACUCGACCCAACUCAACUCUUACGCAACCCCUCCGCGGCCGCAAAGCCAAGAUGUAAGAACUGGGGAUUGGAAAUCAUUAUCUGCCCAACCCAUGUCUGCUUUUCUGUGCUUCUGCCUCUCUAUAUCUGCGUAUGUCUCUGUCUACCCGUAUACAACGUCUACUGCUUCUGUGGAGAUGCAGGAUCCGAGAUCCGAGAUCUGCGAUCUGGCGAUUGACAUAAAAGAACCAAAGAACCUAAAAACUGCGAAACCGAAACAGUUUGCGGAAAUAGAGAUGUCUGUGUGUGUAGACAUGCACCCCACCUAUCUCACAGCGUUCCUCUCCUCUCCUUCUCCCUCCCACAUCACCAACGCGCCCGGAAUCCAAGAGCUAGGGGAUUAG